UUGUAUAAAACGUCCGUCUGUCACGUCUGCUGCACCACAACACAACCAGCAAAUUAUUUACAGUACCACCACGACAAUCAGAAUGGCUGCUCGACAUUUUGCCCUGCUACUUUUGCUCCCCGUUUGCUUCGGCGCCGUGAGAAGAAAUGCCUACCAAGACUGUGUCCACGCCUGCCCACCGACCGACAUGGGAUGCCAACAGGCAUGCGACCACUUAAAGCCAGCGGCUAGAGAGUCCAUCGACAGCUGUAUUAACGGCUGUAAUGGCAACAUGCACUGCGAGAUCGAGUGUAUUCACAACAACGCCAGAAACAACGUGUCUGACUGCAUCCACAACUGCGCCCACGGAGAUGUAGAUUGUGAUAUCCAAUGCCUGCAAAACAACAAAAAAAGAGCAUCAGUCGACAGCUGCAUCAACGGCUGUAACGGCGACAUGCACUGCGAAAUACAGUGUCUUCAUGUCAACGCUAGAAACAACGUGUCUGACUGCAUCCACAACUGCGCCCACGGAGAUGUAGAUUGUGAUAUCCAGUGUCUGCAAAACAAUAAAAGAGCAUCAGUCGACAGCUGCAUCAACGGCUGUAACGGCGACAUGCACUGCGAAAUACAGUGUCUUCAUGUCAACGCUAGAAACAACGUGUCUGACUGCAUCCACAACUGCGCCCACGGAGAUGUAGAUUGUGAUAUCCAGUGCCUGCAAAACAAUAAAAGAGCAUCAGUCGACAGCUGCAUCAACGGCUGUAACGGCGACAUGCACUGCGAGGUCCAGUGUCUUCAUGCCAAAAAAAGAAACGCAUUCCAAGAUUGCCUGCACGCCUGCCCAACUGGAGAUAUGGGAUGUCAACUGGGUUGUGAGCACCUGAGGCCAGUCAAAAGAGGUUCCAUCGACAGCUGCAUCAAUGCCUGUGACGGUGACAUGCACUGCGCGAUUCAGUGUCUGCAUCCUUAAAAUGUAAACAAUGUUCAAUGCGACACCGUAACGUUUCUCAUGCUACCACCCCGAGAAGAUGAAACACAACUGAGAGUACAAAUGUCGUGUUUUUUUCUUUUACGAAUGUUGUCCCGUACGAUUUUAUAAAACUUUUUGAAUGACUAAAAAUAUAAAAACAUUAUAAAUCUACAA